GCAAUGCAGUGGUUCAGUGUUGGUGUAGCGCUGUAAUGAUGAAGGAAGUAAUGCGCUCCGGACUCGCGGUAGGGACGGAGAGCAUCUUGGAUUGGAUCCGGAGCCGGGAGGUUGCGGAGAAGCGAGCCCGUGUUCGCCGCCGGCCGCCAGUCCGGCACGAGCCUUCGCCGUGAAUGUACGUUGUGUGCGUUCGUCAAGCGAGCGGUCGCGCACGCGCUCUCGCGAUCUCAACUACGCAAAACAAUCAGAAAUAAAUUUUUACACCACCCACUUAUAAAACGAAAACAAUUUGACAGUGACGUUUCAGUGGACGCGAUGACAUUUCAGCACGUAGUGUAUUGAUGUAAACGUAAAUUUCAAUAAUCCGUAUCACAAAUUUACAGUGCCGCGUGAAAUAGAACAAAUUCAUGGUGAACAAAAUUGACCGGUGUUGUGCAUAUAUUGCAGUGUGUAAACAUUAGAAUGCCACCGAUAUCGGCCGGGUAGCGCAAUGAUGCGCAAGGAGAGUGCCGGCGCGUCCGGGGCCGAUGUCUCCCUGGACGCUUACGAUUGCUUAAAUCUCCAGCAGAUUCUGCAGGCUUUUAACUCGACCAUCGGCGAGGAGUACGCUUGGGCCUUGUUCUAUCAGGCCGCCAAGUGUUUCCAGAAGUGUCUCGCUGAUGGCUCGACCUGUUACCUGGCAACGGAGCCACGGCAUCUGUUGCUGCACAAAGAUGGCUUCGUUCAUCCGAACACGCUCACGCAUCCAGGAGAUGACAGCAGCAGAGAGGAAGUCACGUCAGAGCAGCAGAUGGUGGUGAACCUGGCGCUGGUGAUCUACCACGCGUUGGACUACACGCACGCGGAGGAUGAAGAGCGGCUCAUUUCGCCUGAUCUCGAAGACCUCAUCACCGACAUGACGGCGUGUGAUGCCGAGGAGGAGGAGGAGUGCGGCAUGUCGGAGGGUUCGGAGACGUCGGAGAGUGGGCGCGCCGACACCGACGACGAGGGCAUCGAGCGAGAUGCCGAGCCCGCGCCGCGCCGCACCACGCACUGUCGCCGGUUCAUGCUCAAAGAUGUUAUAGAGCGCUGCGUGUGGCACUGCGGCGGUGUGGGGCGAGGAGCACGAGAGGCGGCGGGCGCGCACUACCGCGCCGUUUGCCGCGCGCUGCUCUCCGAGGCGCUCGAGCUGGCCUCGUUCUUGACGCGCGUGCGCGUCGGCGGCGCGCGCAACAUGGGCGCCGCGGAGGACUCCGCUACCCAUCUGGAUACUUUGCAGUUCUCAGAUUGGGCGCGUUUCUGGAUGCAAGUGAUUGGAGAGUUGCGGAUGGGUGUAAAACUGAAGAAGGUGAACUAUUCUAGAACCCCCAUCGAGUACGAGCUAACGCCGUACGAAAUACUAAUGGAUGAUAUUAGGUCAAGAAGGUAUACUUUAAGAAAAGUGGACGGAUCAAUACCUCAGAGCGUGAAGAAGGACGCUCAUGCAAUGAUUCUCGAAUUUAUUAGAAGUAGGCCGCCACUCAGAAAGGCCUCGGAACGUAAACUACCACCGCCCCGACGGGAAAGCACUCCGCGGGAGCAGCUGCUGGCCUCCAUCCAGCGCGGCCGCCCGCUCCGGCCCACGCCGUACUCGCGCACAUACACUUCGAACGGCGCGAGUAGCGGGCCGGGUAGCGUUGAGGUGCGGCGCAACGGCGGUGGUGGCGGUGACGUCACGCCGCAUGCGCCGCCGCAGCGCAGACUCAUCAAAGUUGACUUUGACAACCUCGAGGACGACGAAGACGAAGACGACACCGAAACAUGCAUAAGUCCGGAAACGUGCAUCCCUCAGCCCUUCCCUCGACACACGGCGCCGCAGCAGCCCGCUCCGAAACCAUGGAAGCGAACUGCAUACGAUCUGGCAACGCAAUGUCCAUCGCGGCGCGCGUCCAUGCGGCGACACACGGUCACGCACGUCUGUCCGCCCAGCGACGGCGCACAGUCCCUGCCGCACUCCAGGCCUGGCUCGCGUGCGUCGUGCGCGGGCGCAGCGUCGCUGGCCAGUAGCGAGCUGGACGCGCAGCUCGGCGAGCUGUCGUGGUCGCGCUCCUCGCUGCAGGACGAGCUCAUCAAGUCGGUUAGUGGCAGCCCUAGUAGCAAGCAUAAGCAAUGGCAGGAGGCGAUAAUGUCGGAUGACCGGCUGUCGCUGACGCUGGAGGAGAUCGUGCACAUCAGGUCUGUGCUCACGAAGGCCGAGCUCGAGUUCUUGCCCUCCGAGGGCAGAGUCAAAGAAGAUGUGGAGAAGAGAAGAGUGUGUUUCCUGUGUUUGAAAACAAGAUUUGGCAUAUUCGGACCCUGGGGGCAAAAGUGCAAGCUAUGUAAAAAGACUGUCUGUCAAAAGUGUUGUUCAAAGAUGCGCAUACCGACGGAGCACUUCGCGCACGUCCCGGUUGUGCUGCUGAGCCCCUCCCUGCUGCCCUCGCCAGAGGACGAGGCGCCCUCCUUCCCCCGCAGCCUCGUCUCGCGCCUCGUCUCCCCGGAGCACCACGACAACAGUGUGGGCAGCGCGCCGAGCAGCCCGGUGUCGCGGCGCGCGUGCCCGCAGUCUGCGCCGGGGUCGCGCGGCGGCUCGCGCGGGGGCUCCGCGCUCGGCUUCGCGGACCUCGCCGUGCACGCGCCCAGCGCCAUGACGCGCUCCGUGGACGGUCCCGGCAGCAUGCCCUGCGUCAUCAACGACCGCAGUCUGUCCAGGUCGCGUGGCGGGCGGGGUUCGGGCGGCGCGUCUGCGGCGGAGCGACUGCGCGGCGUGCAGAUGGCGGUGUGCCACGACUGCAAGGCCAUGGUGCUGCAGAUCAUCAAGUCGUCGCGAGCCGCGCGCUCCGCCUCCCGCGACCGCGCGCUGCGACACCUCACCCUCGACCUGGCGCCAGUCUACACCGACAACUGUUAGUCGCCGUCUACUGGCCCAUAGUGUUAGCGAUUAUCACUAGUUAUAGAGCCCGGUACGAUCGCGCGGGAGAGCGAACAGGAACUAUUCAAACGCAGACCAGUUCUGCAGAGUUAGUUGUUUUGCGGAGACUAACAAACUCAUCCGUGGCAUCGUUGGAUCUGGUCAGUUAAUGUAUCGUAUCACGGACAGUAUGCGUCAAUUUAUUGUGGAAAGAUUAUAAUGAUGGCGUAGAAUUGGGUUUAUUAGUAAGCGCGGUUGAUCGCCCGAAAAAUGUUCAUCGAAAAUGACCUUUCUGACUUCAAUCUCAAAUUGACACUAUCCAUACUGUUGAUAAGGAGAACAGACUCGAUCGUAUUCGGAAGUAUAGAUGUGGCCGCGAUGAUGGCAUAUUUCUUUUUUUAAUUCCAGCCGAGUCGGUAGUGCUAUCGGCAACUGCAAGUCUAAAAUGUGACUGAACCUGACUAGCCAAAUCUGCAACAUUCAUUCAGCAACCUAUAAUGACACGAUUAUGUGUGUCCCGAGUCCCUCCGUAUUUUUUUAUAUUUUUCUUAGGAUAUAUUUAAAAUUAGAAUUGUGUUUGAAUUUAG